UUUUCAUUCGAGGUACCUUCCCGAAGUCCAUGGGUUCAGAGCUCUUUUGGGCAGCUUCCACCAUUCUUGCCAUAGCGGUAUCAAUCUCAGUUGGUUUUGAAGUCGUGAGUUGUAGUCCUGGACCAAAAGAUUGUCAGAUUCUAGGGUCUGAAAAAUUUCCCAUUAUCAAUGCCACUGGACCCGAGAGUGUGGUGUUUGAUAGAUACGGUGGCGGCCCAUACACUGGCAUUUCCGAUGGCCGGAUAAUCAGGUGGCUUUCCAGCGAGAGGCGUUGGACCAAUUUUGCUAUAACAACUCCGAACAGAAAUGGUUGUGAAGGUCCGCAAGAUCAUAUUCCCACCGAGUCAAGAUGUGGCCUGCCGUUAGGUCUAAGUUUCAAUCGGAAGUCUGGUAAGUUGUACAUUGCAGAUGCUUAUAAGGGCCUUCUGGUUGUAGGUCCUAAUGGCGGAUUGGCUACGCCAUUGGCAAAUGAAGCUGAAGGAGUUCCUUUCAAAUUCACCAACGAUGUAGUUGUUGAUCAAGAUAGUGGCGUAGUAUAUUUCACGGACAGUAGCACUAUAUAUUCAGUAAGAGAUUCCGCUUCAGUGAUAAGUACAGGGGAUAAAUCGGGAAGAUUAUUAAAGUUUGAUCCAAAAACUAAUCAAGCAACAGUUCUACUCAAUAAUCUCAUGCUUCCAAAUGGGGUGGCACUAAGCAAAAACGGCGAUUUUCUGCUAGUUGCUGAAACUACAAAUUCUAGAAUACUGAAGUACUGCCUUGAGCCAUCAAAAGCUGGUACAGUUGAAAUCUUUGCAAAACUUCCAGGAAGGCCAGAUAACAUCAAAAGAAACCAAAAGGGUGAAUUUUGGGUUGCAGUUAUAUCACUGUAUACCAAGGUUAAUCCUUAUGGAUCGAUAGUUAAAUUGAGUCAAAAUGGUGAUAUAUUGAAGAUAUUGGAGGCUGGAAAUGGAGAGGCAUGGCGAUAUGGUAGCGAUGUGAAUGAACAGAAUAAAAAUUUAUGGAUAGGAUCUUUCACAGAACCUUAUGUUGCCAAGCUAAAAAUCUAUAGCUAGGCCAGUUGAAAAAUUUGCAUUAUCUCAAGUGUUCUAUCACUUAAUUGGUUAUUGCAAGAACCUUUUAGUACUUUUUUCUUUUUCAAUAAAGACAAAACAGUGUCAAAUUUGUUUAUCAUCGUUGAA